AUGGUAAAAAGGGUGAGUGAAGAGAUUGAUUGGGAAGCCGGUGAAUCCAUGGAUGGGAAUGCAGAAGAAGAAAUGGUCCUUGCUGCUAGCGCGAACUGUGGCAUUCGUUUCGGUGAUGGAAGUGACAGUACACCUGACGUAGUCCACUCCGCGGCCGGUCGAGCAGCCCGGAGCAGCGGACCAAACCCUCUGGAUAUCAUGAAGUCCAAGCUGGUUCUCUUGGUCUCCCACGAGCUCUCCCUUUCCGGAGGGCAUACAAUUGGGUUCGCUAAGUGUUCGUUCGUCAGGCAGACUCGGAAAUCAGUUUGCCCAAGAAGAGGUGGCGACAACACACCUGCUCCCUUGGACUUUGUUUCCCCUACAAGGUUCGACAACAGCUACUUCAAGCUUAUACUUGGGGGACAUGGACUUCUCCCUUCAGACCAAGUACUUCUUACUGGGAACAGAAGGCAGGCAGCUGAGCCGGUGAAAACCUAUGCAGCUAAUGAGAGCUUAUUCUUUCAGCAGUUUGCUAAGUCCAUGGUUAAGAUGGGGAACAUUAGUCCUCUUACUGGGUUCGAGGGACAAGUCCGAAAGAAUUGUCGUCGCGUUAAUUAA